AUGGCUUCCACAAACUCAAAUGAUGUUAUUCAGCCCUUCGCCAUUACGACGCCCAGGUUAAUCAUUGUACCCACGCCGAUCGCGGUUUCACUAAAACCUUACCGCCAACUUUACGCUGCACUACACGCAGACGCAAGCUUCUGUGAAAUGGGCUUCGGGAGUCAAUUUCCCGUAAAAAAAUGGACCGAUGAUGAAACACGCGACGUAAUCGAAACGCGCGAUAUCGGUCGGUCUUGGCGGAGAUAUGCAAUCGGCGACUUUGCAGUGGGCCUGCGUGAGACAGUUCAAUCCGAUCAAGACCCGUCUCAAAUUUCGAUAAUUGACAAAGAAAACUUCGAUGUGCUUGCUGGCUCAAAUUUCGAGAACCUUGGUAGUAUUGAGUGGGCUGGCUACGCUGGUAUUCGCGACGCGUCAACCACAUCCCUUCCGCCUCGAGAGGUAGGAGACCCGGCCCUCCCACCAUGGCAGGAAAUGGUGGAAAUCCGGUAUGGUGUUUCCUCCAAGUUUUGGGGCAGUGGAAUAGCGAAAGAAGCUGCCGAGGCGAUUAUGCACUGGUCUAUUGAAAAGAGGGGCGUGAAGAGAUUCAUUGCCGAAACAGAGCGAGACAACGAGCGCAGUGCCAAGGUUUUGCAAAAGCUUGGGUUUGUGAACAGUGGGACGGACUAUUGGAAGGAGCCAUGUGAGGUCGAGUGGGAGUUAAUUGUACAAUAA